GGAGGAAGCGGUUUGGUCUUGUUGCAUGGGAAGGGAGAGAUUUUGGGAGGACAGCUAGACGAAGAAGGUGAUUCCGGCGAUGAAUUGAAUACUGCCGCAUUGAUCAAAAGCUGCUACUUCUGGGGUUCUGAAUCUAUUCCCGCAGUAAGCUCGAACAAGACUCGUUUCUGCAUCGACCAAAGACGGGCCAUUGCGCCAAAGAUAGCGAAGCUAUUUCCAGAUUUUGCUCACAAGCUCCCUCACCGUCUGUUGGAAGAACAACUCAUCGCCCUGUUACAGUCAUGUAGGACCAAGAAGCAACUCCAUCAAAUCCAUGCCCAGGUAGUCUGUCAUGGCCUUGAACGAAACCAUUAUGUUGCUCCAAAAGUCAUCACAACUUGUGCUCAGCUCAAGGAAAUGGGAUAUGCCCAUAACGUGUUCGACCAAAUUCUCGACCCAAAUGUCUCCCUCUGGAACGCCAUGUUCAGGGGGUGUUCCCAGAAUGAAUUAAACAGGGAGGUCGUAUUUUUGUUCGGUCAAAUGAGAAGCAUGGGCGUGAUGCCCAAUUGCUUCACUUUCCCGAUUGUGCUCAAAUCUUGUGGCAAGAUCAAUGCUCUGACGGAAGGCCAGGAAGUGCAUUGUUUUGUGAUCAAGUCUGGUUUUAGAGAAAAUCCUUUUGUAGGCACCACCUUGAUUGAAAUGUACUCAAGUGGGGGAGAAGCUGGUCCUGCUUACAAGGCCUUUGGUGAGAUGCUUGAGAGGAAUGUUGUUGCAUGGACUUCGAUGGUCAAUGGAUACCUCCUGUGUGGAGAUGUAGUUUCUGCAAGGCGUCUGUUCGACUUGGCUCCAGAACGGGACAUAGUGUUAUGGAACACCAUGAUCUCCGGUUAUAUUGAAAUUGGGGACAUGGUGGCUGCACGGAAACUCUUUGAUGCCAUGCCCAAUCGGGAUGUUAUGUCAUGGAACACUGUGUUAAAUGGUUAUGCUAACAAUGGGGAUCUCGAUGCUUGUGAAGUGAUGUUUGACGAGAUGCCCGAACAGAACAUUUUUUCAUGGAAUGGCUUGAUUGGAGGAUAUGCCCGCGGUGGUAAUUUCUUGCAAGUCUUGGCCACGUUCAAAAGAAUGUUGAUUGAAGCCACUGUGAGCCCAAAUGAUGCCACUCUUGUGACUGUUUUGUCUGCGUGUGCUAGAUUAGGAGCUCUUGAUUUGGGUAAGUGGGUACAUGUUUAUGCCGAGAGCUAUGGAUAUGGCGGGAAUACAUAUGUCGUCAAUGCUUUGAUCGACAUGUAUGCAAAAUGUGGAGCUGUAAAGAAUGCCCUUAAGGUGUUCAUCAAUAUGUGCACAAAGGACUUAAUUUCUUGGAAUACUAUAAUAAAUGGUUUGGCAAUCCAUGGCUGUGGGGCUGACGCCUUAAGUUUGUUCCAGCAGAUGAAGGGUGCUAGAGUAAAACCAGAUGGAAUCACGUUCAUAAGCAUCUUGUGUGCCUGCACACAUAUGGGAAUGGUGGCAGAUGGUUUGUCAUACUUUCAGUCCAUGAUUGAUGAUUACUCGCUAGUGCCUCAAAUGGAGCAUUAUGGCUGUAUGGUUGAUUUGCUUGCACGAGGUGGUCUUUUGGUCCAGGCUGUUGAAUUUGUGGACAGGAUGCCCAUAAAAGCGGAUGCUGUUAUUUGGGCUACUUUGCUCGGAGCCUGUCGGCUACACAAAAAUGUUGACUUGGCCGAAAUAGCCCUCCAUCGGUUAAGUGAACUUGAGCCUGGAAAUCCCGCCAAUUAUGUUAUGCUUUCAAAUAUAUAUGGGGACAUUGGAAAGUGGAAGGAUGUGGCCAGAUUGAAAGCUGCAAUGAAAGAUACUGGGCGUAGAAAACUUCCUGGAUGUAGCUUGAUUGAGGUCAAUGAUGAUAUUGUCGAGUUCUAUUCCAUGGACGAGAGGCAUCCUGAUAGUGAUGAAAUAUAUGUGGCCUUGGACGGUUUGAUAAAACUAUCAAGGUCAUCUGGCCAUGCAUCUGACCUAACCGUGUUUGAGCAGUGAACUUAUAGAAGGGGCAUAUCUAGACAAAGUCAAUCACCGUUACCGUCUCAUGUCAAGUCGCUUUCUUUUAUUGCGAGGCGUUUGAUACAGGGACGAUGGCUGCCUUCGUUCCAUCAGAGACAGAAAACAUCAUGUUAUAAAAUUCUGAAUGAGAUGAGAGAUGAAAUCAAGAUUUGAUUUGUUUGGAGUCCUCGUGGGCUGUGACUGAGGCGAUGGCUACGUGAUUGCUAUCAGGGUCUGUAUGCCACUCCUCCUCUGAUUCUUCGAAUCUGUACCGAUGAUGUGAUCGAAGAGCAGUCCUCUUCUCUGGUUUGUCUUCCACCCAAUCAAA